UUCCAGGUUCAAUGUAAACAUGGUCUGAUGGUUCAGAACUCCAUUUCGUUCCUCAAAACUAGGCCUUUUCUUUCAAAAGAAGUGAAAUAAAGGCUCCAAAAUGGAGCAAAGCACCAGUGAAAAUGACUUCACCAAUUUCAAGAAACUCAGAGGGGAUGCCAGCUUCACUGGACUGAACACUGGCAGAUCCGCUUCGGUGUCGUUUUCCGGUGAAGAUUUUGUGGACACGGUUUCUAAAUUCACCGUGGCCGGCCAGGGAUUCGGGAUGGUCGGCACCGGUAAAUGCAUCGCCGUGUUCACCAGCGGUGGGGACUCGCAGGGAAUGAAUGCUGCAGUACGUGCUGUUGUUCGGAUGGGCAUUUAUGUUGGAUUCAAAGUCUACGCCAUACAUGAGGGUUACCAGGGAAUGGUGGACGGAGGAGACUGCUUCAAGGAAAUGGAAUGGAAGGAUGUCUCGGGUAUCAUUCAACUGGGAGGAACAGUAAUUGGCAGCGCAAGAUGUAAAGACUUCCGUGAGCGAACGGGAAGGAGAAAGGCUGCCCUCAAUCUGAUCAAGCGAGGAAUCAACAACCUAGUGGUGAUCGGCGGUGACGGUAGCCUGACUGGGGCUAAUCUAUUCAGGCAGGAGUGGUCGGAGCAUCUCAAGGAACUCCUGGAGGAAGACCUCAUCACAGAUGCUGAGCAGAAACACUGCAGUCAUUUAAACAUUGUUGGAAUGGUUGGUUCUAUUGAUAAUGAUUUCUGUGGGACUGAUAUGACCAUUGGUACAGACACGGCUCUGCACCGUAUCAUGGAGUGUGUAGACUGUAUUGCAACUACGGCGCAGAGUCACCAGAGGACAUUUGUCUUGGAGGUAAUGGGUCGUCACUGUGGUUACCUGGCCCUGGUGGCAGGGUUAGCCAGCGGUGCCGACUGGGUCUUCCUACCGGAGUGGCCACCAGAGACUGGCUGGGAAGAGAAACUCUGCAAGAAGUUGGCCCAGACGAGGGAGUUUGGGAAGCGUCUUCAUAUUAUUAUCGUUGCCGAGGGGGCAAAGGAUCGCCAGGGCAACCCAAUCACAACUCAGAUAGUCAAAGAUUUGAUUGUAAAACGUCUGGACUAUGACACGCGAGUCACCGUACUUGGCCAUGUACAGCGCGGGGGGAACCCAUCUGCGUUUGACAGAGUCCUGGCUUGUCGUAUGGGAGCAGAGGCUGUCCUGUCAUUGGUAGAUGCUACGGAUACAACUCCAGCCUAUGUAGUCACCUUGGAUGGUAAUAAGGCUAUUAGGAUGCCCCUUAUGGAGUGUGUAGAAAGGACUCAAGCGGUGGCGAAGGCCUUACAUGAAGGGCGGUUUGAGGAGGCGGCAGAGCUCAGAGGAAGGAGUUUUGUGAAUAAUCUGAGGACGUACCUGACCCUGACGAGAUUGAAGCCACCAGAUAAAGUCUGCAGUCUCGAUGGCAAGACAUGCUCAACUGACUUCAACCUAGCUGUUGUAAACGUUGGUGCUCCAGCAGCAGGGAUGAAUGCAGCGGUGCGGGCAUUUGUGAGAUCCUCCCUCUUCAACGGCUACCGUGUGCUUGGAAUCUAUGAUGGCUUUGAGGGUCUGCUGGAAGACAAUGUCAAGCACAUGGGCUGGAUGGAUGUUGGUACGUGGGUCAGUGAAGGGGGCUCGUUACUGGGAACCAAUAGUGAGGUGUACCCAUCGUCAGGAAGUGAUAAACUUGAUCGGUGUACCCCAGGUAAAUUUCUGGAAAAGGUGGCCGAGAAGUUAAAGCAAUUUAAGAUCCAUGGUUUGCUGCUCAUUGGAGGGUUUGAGAGCUUUAAGAGCGUAUUGGAGAUGUCAGAAGCUCGCAGUAAGUUCCCAGAGUUCUGCAUUCCCAUGGUGGUCAUACCAGCGACAGUCAGUAACAAUGUGCCGGGAGCCGACUUCAGUCUAGGGUGUGAUACUGCCCUCAACGCCAUUACUCAGGCAUGCGACAAGAUCAAACAGUCGGCCAGCGGCACGCGCCGUCGCGUCUUCAUCGUAGAGACCAUGGGCGGCUACUGUGGUUACCUGGCCACCAUGAGCGCCCUCGCUGGUGGCGCCGACGCAGCGUAUAUCUUUGAGGAGCACUUUGGAAUUGCUGACCUGCAGGCCGACGUCGAGCAUCUUAAGGUCAAGAUAACGGAUGCUGUCCAGCGUGGCUUGAUUCUAAGGAAUGAGAACGCCAAUCGCAACUUCUCGACUGAGUUCAUCCAGCGUCUGUACGCGGAGGAAGGAAAGAAGAUCUUCACCACUCGCACCAACGUACUCGGACACAUUCAGCAGGGAGGAGCCCCCUCUGUGUUUGAUCGUAACAUGGGUACCAAGCUCGCCGUCAGGGCGUCUGAAUUCCUGCGUGAUGUCAUCGAGAAGAACUCCAAAGAUGGUGUAGUCAGCACCACAGACCCCAACACAGCUUGCCUUGUGGGUAUCCAGAAAAGACAUCUUGCCUUUCGAUCUGUGGAGAGUCUAAAGAAAGGAACAGAUUUCGAACACCGCAUCCCGACCCAGCAGUGGUGGAUCAAGCUUCGCCCACUGCUACGCAUCCUUGCUAAGCACGCCAGCACUUACAUAGUUGAAGCAGAGGUUGUACCGCACAUAGUGGAUUAGGGAUCGCCAGGGCCUGCCGCCACCCCUCCCAGUUCACCAAAGGGAACACAAUCUCCAGGGUCAAGUCUUAAGAUGAGUCUAUUCCAAGUGUUGUUUCUUUCCAAGUCUUUCCUUGUAAAAGCAGUUGUUUCUGCCCAAACACUAGGGCCCAUUUUCAUAGAGCUGCUUUAAGCAGUAAAUAUAUCGAUGAACGAGUUACUGCUGAGCAAACAUGAGCCGGAUACCAGUUAAAGACUGUUCAUGUGACAUGGUAGUUUGGUUGGUAACCUUAUUGUGGUAAGCAUAAUUUGUUUGUGCUUAGCUACGUACUAAUGAUAUUGGGCCCUACGUACUAUGUAGCAAUAUGUAUUGUGCUCUUAAUAUUUAUCAAUAUUUUCUGCUUUUAUGUAGUUGUACGUGUACAUGUAAGUAGAGUUUGCAGAAUGACUGUGAAAAAUUUCUUUCUUAGAAGAGCUGUUUUGUACUAGCCAUUUUCAAAACAGCAAGGGCAACAAGGCAUUUUCUCCUUGGUAAAAGGCACCUUACGAGGAAAUUGUAAAUUUCUACUGGGGCAUUUGAAGGGCACCAAGGCAAUGAACAGGGGGCAUUGAGGCAGUCGCCUUCUUUGCCUCCUUCAUUGGAGUAUCAAGCCUAAUGCUCUGGUGAUUUUCUGCAUAGUGCUGUACUUUGUGUGUGUAAUUGGCUUUAGUAGCAUUUGAUGGGAUCCUGGAAUAUAUUGGUGAACUGGAGGUGAAGUGUGGCCCAUGUUUUGAUUGGUGUGACUGCAGUGCUUGCCAGACAUUGCCAUGUUUUUGUGUUACCGCGUUGAGUCUUAGCAUUUCUCUAGCCUCUUAGAUGCCUCCUUGGUCAUUGAGCUCUCUCUCUCUCUCUAGUUGACCGAGGUCGGAAUGGGGGAGAGAUUUGCCCAUUCUUGUCUGGCCCUCAUUAGGUUUGGAAGAUCAGCUGGAAGCACCCCAAUGUCCCUAGCAACUACAUCUGUAUAGCUGAGAUUCUUUCUGUCUUCCCCUUUUCCACCUUCCAUGUGUUGGUGACCAGGUGAUAAGCUGAGAGACAGAUUUGUUUGUGUUUCUGUAUGAGUGUCAGAGGAUGCUGUUGUAUUUAAGUGGAUAGUUUUGAUUCCAAACAAAUUGUUGAUUCUUCCUUCACACCUUGUUUUCAUGGAGUUCUUGACCAACAUACCAGAGCCUAAGUGUGCCAUGUUGUUUUCUUUGGUUAUCUUUGUUGUCUGUGUGUAGUGUAGUCUUAUCUCAAGGAGUAUUCACAGACUUUUCAAAGUGUUCUUGGUAUGGACGCAGAUUGCUAGAUUACUGUUUCUCGUUGCGUUGAUGCUGGAAACUGUCCAAGGCAAUCUUUGGUGUCUGUAUGUAGUGUGGUCUUACCUCAGGAAGUAUUCACAGAGAUUUCAAAGUGUUCUUGGUAUGGACACAGCUUGCUAGAUUACUGUCUCUUAUUGCUGUGCUGCUGAAAACUGUACAAGGCUUUCUUUGGUGUCUGUGUGUAGUGUGUUCUUACCUCAGUAAGUGUUCGCAGAGUUUUCACUGUGUUCUUGGUAUGAACGCAGCUUGAUAGAUUGCUGUUUCCUUUCUACUGCAUUUUCAUGUGUGAUUUAGUCGUGAGCUUUAGUGUUGGGGAUUGUGGCUGGACAAAACAACGGUUAAGGGCAGGAGGGAGUUUGCAUUGUUUUGUCAUUCAUUUUCAUACAGUAAGCACUGGAAGGUUAGCAUACCUUUUCGUGUGCUAACGGUUAGCAGCGCUAUGAAAUGGAAACUCGGACAGUAAGAACAAAAUCAACCAAUUAGCAUCUCUAUCAAUUUUUGCCCUGCCUUGUAAAUUUGAAAUGUAUACCAAAGAAUUAUAAUUCAAGCGUUUUGGCAGGCAUCAAAGUCCGUGCAAACAGCAAAGCCUUUUGUAGAUUGCUAGCUAUGCAUUAUGUGGUGCUGGUGUUAUAAUUGUGGCGGUUGAAACAAAAAAACUAUGCCACAUAUUAAUAAUAAUAAUAAUGUAUAUUAAAACCAUAUUUAUGCCAGGUUGUUUGUAUAGAAAGAUUCAGUAUAUAGUAAGGUAGGAAGGGAAUGUUAUAGAAGAAUUUUAUGGCUGGGUUCAGUUUAGUGCUGCCCACAUUUGUAUUUAUUCCUUGCUUUUUUCCAUGGGCUGUAAGCGUUGGGAAAAUCACUGAUAGCUGAGCCAUGACAUUUUGCUCAGUUCAGAGCAGCAAACACACAGACUUGAUAUAGUAUGAAUUCUGUACAACUAUGUUCUGAAGGAAAAAAGCCUUCUUAGUAUAGUGCAGAUUCUUUGCAAACCAGAAGAAGUAAAAAGGUAUGUGUAACGACUGCAGUGCUUGAAGUUGACAAAGUUUGCUUUCAGUCAAACCUAGAGAGUGUAAACAUUUUGCAGAUUAUUAUGUACUUGCUGUGCUUUUAUUAUAUUGCACAGACUCUUCAAGUGUGUUUAGCAUGGAUAUUUUUCCAAUGUCUGAUUUAACAAAACUUAUAUUAUGCAUUUUCAACAAGAUUGUCGAUGUUUACAUGCGCUGUGCCAAAUUAUUUGUCAUCGUGAAUCUUUAGUACAUGUAUCAUGCAGUGAUUAUCUACAUGUAAUUAAUUGUAAUUUGAGUCUAUUUAUGGAGCAAUAUUGUUAAUCUAUUUUUGUGUAUAGACUCAGCCCUCCUACUAUUGGUGCCAUGUUUCCAGUGAGUUUACUGACUGUUUGAAGUUGUUGAACUACACAUGGGUUUAAUCUGGUGGUUCAAGUGCAUACAUGUUGAGCUAAUGUACAUGUAUGUGCACAUGAUAUUGAUAGGUUAAACAGUAGGAGGGUUAGGUGCAGUACAUAUCUCUAACACUAAGUCACAUUCGAUGGUAAGACAGUAGGAGGGUUGACUGUGUAUCUACACAGUGUCUACACAGUAUACAGUCAACCCUCCCACUGUAUGACCCACCUGCUGUGAUUUUGCAUUUGUAAUAUUGUUUACAUACAUGUAUCAUUUAACGGUCGGACAGAAUUGGAUGGUAAGAACAAUUGUUGAGCAAUUGAAUUGACUAAUUGAUAUUGUGAAAGCCUAAGGUGUUCAGAGACAUUUAUUUGUACAUGUAGGUGCUGGCAUUUCAUGAAAUGACAAAUAGUUCAAGCAAAUAUAAUUUGUGUGUUGUUUUCAUGAUAAUGGGUAUGUAUUUGCAAAGUUUGACUAAGUAAGUUAAAUGAUGUUUGAAAA